CGCAUGCGCUCGUCGGCUUGGCAGUCGUCGGUCAGCUCGACCAGCUCAACACACGAACUUCGCAUCUGCCCCGAUCGUUAUGGGUAUCCAGGCCCUAGGCCUAGGAAAUCAGCGUCUCAACGCCCGAAAUUGCAGUAUUUCUUCGACCGAAGAGUAACAUAUUGUUCACAGCAGUCAGCAAAGGUUCUACAAACAUGGAGACUGAAUCUCCGAUGCAGGAAACCGUCUACGGAACGACCAACGAAGAAACGCACGAUGUGAUGUCCGAAAAGGUGCAGACGUUGGCUGGUAACAUCUACCAGGAGUUUCAGCGUAUGAUCGAGAAGUAUGACGAGGAUGUGGUCAAAGACCUCAUGCCACUGGUUGUGAACGUUCUGGAGAGUUUGGAUUUGGCUUGCAUGGAGAAUCAAGAGCACGAAGUGGAACUGGAGCUGCUCCGUGAGGAUAACGAACAGUUGGUGACUCAGUACGAGCGCGAAAAACAGCUGAGGAAAGCCGCCGAACAGAAACUUUUGGAAGUCGAAUACACUGUGGAUGAUGAUCGCCGGGACCUUGAAGGAAAGGUUGAGGGGCUAGAGUCUGCUGUCCGCAUACUAGAGCUCAAGUCGAAAAAUUCGUCUGAUCAUGCUUCAAGACUAGAAGAGAAAGAGUCUGAAAUGAAAAAGGAGUAUGCAAAACUACAUGAAAGAUACACUGAACUAUUCAAGACACACAUGGAUUACAUUGAAAGAACAAAAAUAUUGUUUGGCUCUGACAGAAUGGAGAUGGCAGGGGUGAAAGGAAGCAAGAUGGGAAUGCACUUUGCACUCAGUAAAUCUCCUGGCGGCCAAGCUUCCUUGGGUCUGUCGGGUGAAACCACUCCAGCUAAGACAAUCCCUACAUCGCCCGACUACCCAGAUCUCAUUUCACCUUCAAAGAGCAACGAUUCCAAUGCCAGCCUCAAAAGUGAAAUACAGGAAGUUCACGUUGGUACAGUUCCUCCUGCUCCACAGGCAGCUCUUGCUGAACCUAAGGUUGGCCAGGUGCAAAAAAGUGGUUGGGUGGAUGGUUUUAGCACAGACAUGUCCAUGUCGGAAACAACAUCACUCACUCCUGAAGUGGAAGACAUUGAGGACAUUACUCAUGAUGAUGAAGUUGGUGUUGACAAAACAACAGUGCACAGAGAACAGCGCAGGCCAAAUACGCUUUACCAAGAACUAAGUUUUCAUGAUGAAAACAUGGCUGAAGGCGAAGAAGGCUCAGAUGUUACAGGAAACUAUGUUCACCCCGGAGAGUAUGCAUCAUCAGACAGUGAUGCAGAAAGUGAGCCAGAUAAUCACGGUGGCAAAAAUGUUACUGACAACAUAUUCGGCAUGGGAAAAGAGGUUGAAAACAUCAUCAUGGAGAACAUUGAGCUCCUUGCCACGAAGAAUGCGCUAAACAUUGUUAAAGACGACCUAAUCGCCAGGGUUGACCUUCUUACCAGUGAAAAAGAGAUUCUUCAAGGUGAAGUGAAAGCACUCGAACAUGCUCGAGAUUCCCAGAAGCAGAAGAUUCAUGAACUGGAAGAUGAACUCAGGAAGAUCAGAGAGGAACUUGAAAAAAUGAAGGCUGCCAAGUCUGACGAUGAGCAGGAGGACGUUCCAAUGGCUCAGCGUAAGCGCUUCACCCGAGUAGAGAUGGCUCGUGUGCUCAUGGAGAGAAACCAGUACAAGGAGCGCUACAUGGAGCUGCAGGAGGCCAUUCGGUGGACAGGCAUGAUCAAGGCAUCGCGGACGGACCCCACUGAAGACCCAAAGAAGAACCGCUCCUCCAUCUGGAAGAUCUUCAGUAAUCUGUUCAGUGCUGCUGACAAGCCACAGCAGAAGCCUGUGUCAACUCUGAAUGUCCGCUACAAUGCUCCUUCAACAAGACUCAGCCCUGCCCUAGAGUCGAUGCGAAAGAAGAGGCUAGGGGAAAAGCACCGAGGUUUUGACUUCUUGGACAGCGACCUGGCAUCAGAAAGGCUGCAGGCACAGCGUGCCCGUGAACGUCGGGAGCAGUACAAACAGGUGCGGGCCCACGUGCGCAAAGAGGACGGUCGAGUUCAGGCAUAUGGCUGGAGCCUUCCAACCAAGACAACACCUGUGAAACUGGACCUUCCCCAGCCUCCACUGAAUGCCACAACACAGCGAACUGGGGGCGCACCAUCCCACGUGCCAGUGCCAGUGCCUGUAUUCUGCCGUCCACUCCAGGAGACCAGCUCCCCCAUGAAGGUCUGGUGUGCAGCUGGCGUAAACCUGACUGGUGGGCGAACGCGUGACGGGGGUACCAUUGUCGGGGCCAGUAUUUUCUACAAGGAGCAAAAAGCUGAUGCACCAUCGCCAGCUGAUGACAUCGACAGGCUAGAGCUUGAACUGAGGAUGCAGGAGCAGGAACGGAGAGAACAAGAGGAGAUGGCUCAGCGGCUUUCCUCGCUUGUUUGGAUCUGUGCAUCUACCCGGGAAAACAGCGAGGUGUAUGUGGUUGAUGCUAACAACCCAGCAGACAUCUUGGACACAUUUCAUGUUUGCCCCUCCCACCUUCUCUGCAUAGCUUCAGUGCCAGGUGCAAAAGAGACUGACUAUCCUGUAGAUGAAGAAUUCAACAAGCUUGGCUUGGAUGAGAUGGUUGACGCAAGCCAGCAGGACUGUUCCCCCAACUCAAAAGCACCUGAGCCCCAAAGUGGGGCUAAGGACCAAGACGGGAAUCCAAAAGUUGGAAAGCUUGUCUUUGUAAAAAGUGCCCCUGCUCCUGUUAGCAGGCCUGCAUCACCUCCCAAAGAAAAAAAAGGGGAAGGAGGUGCUGGAGAAGUUGCAGAGGCAGUUGAUGCCCUUGAAGAACUUGAGAGGGUUCGAACUGCUGGUGCUAGCCAGGAGUCAGCUGCCAUGUCUGGAAGCAACCAGGGUGGCAAGGAACGAACCGGUGGCCCACGACGACCUUGGGUGCUGCUGAAGGAGGGUGCCCCCCCUGAUAUUGUCAAGGAUGGCAUCUCUGAAUUGCCCACCGACAACCACUUGGCAUAUGAUCAGCUGGAGAAAAUGUCCAGUGUGCUGCCCACAAUGUGGUUGGGUUCACAAAAUGGAAUCAUCUACGUGCAUUCUUCUGUGGCACAGUGGAGGGUCUGCAUAGACUCCGUCAAGCUGGCCGACUCGGUGCUAAGCAUUGUCCACGUAAAGGGUCGUGUGUUUGCAGCCCUGGCUGACGGCACUGUUGCGAUAUUUCACAGAAAGCAAGAUGGCCAGUGGGACCUGAGGAACUACCACAUACUUGACCUCGGGAAGCCACACCACUCAAUUCGGUGUAUGACAGUUGCCCACACAAAGGUUUGGUGCGGCUACAGGAACCGGAUACAUGUGGUCCACCCCAAGACUCUCACUGUGGAGCACUCUUUUGAUGCCCAUCCACGCAAGGAGAGCCAGAUUAGGCAAAUGGCCUGGGUUGGAGAUGGAGUUUGGGUUACAAUACGACUGGACAGUACCCUGCGGCUUUACAAUGUCCACACUUACCAGCACUUGCAGGACAUCGACAUUGAGCCUUACGUUUCCAAGAUGCUAGGCACAGGCAAACUUGGAUUCUCGUUUGUGCGCAUCACGGCCCUGUUGAUCUCAUGUAAUAGGCUCUGGAUGGGCACUGGCAACGGCGUCAUCAUUUCUGUUCCAUUGUCGGAAGCAGGAAACAAGCAGGCGUCAGCCUCAACAACGCCGUCUGCGAGUGGAGUGCGGAUGCCUGGUGCUGUUGUUCGGGUGUACAGUGAUAGUCGAGAGAACAUCACAACUGGCAGCUUUGUGCCCUACUGCUCGAUGGCACAAGCACAGCUCUCCUUUCACGGACACAGAGACUCUGUCAAGUUCUUUGUGGCUGUCCCUGGUACUGGUGGCAUGGGUUCUUCAGACAAAGAAGGUGCGACUGAAGAAAAGACCGGAGACAUAGCACUGGGCUCUGAAGAUGCAUCUCCCAAGUGCAUGCUCGUUCUGUCUGGUGGCGAAGGCUACAUUGACUUUCGAGUUGGAGAUGGCGAGGAAGAAGAAUCAAGUGGGGAUCGUAUCUCGGUAGCUAUUGGAGCACCUGUCGAGAAGAAACUACACCAGGGCACAUCGAAGAGUGAACGGAGUCACCUCAUCGUCUGGGAAGUGGCACUAAAUGAGUGAUUGUUCAACUUAGUAACACUGCUGGACUACUACGUAUUUCAGGCCACCUCAAGGCAUUGUGAUGUACUGUUUAUUUUGUUGCUGCUUUGAGUUGAAAUAUUGUUUCUUAGUUUAUUCACUGUGACUGGCCUGGGCUUGAAAUUGUGAGUGCAGAGAGUACCUUGUGAUUUUCAGGCCUUGCUUCUUUUUUUUUUUUUUAAGUAGAUAUUCAUAGGGUAUAUGUAAAGUAUUUUUUAAAGGGGACAUCAGAAUUUUUUUCUGUCCUCCACUCACUUUUAGUCUUUUCUGACAGAGUAUGUCCCAAUGCAUUUAGUUGAUUGGCUGCACUAUUUGUGCCAGUUAUAAACUACACUGUCUUGAGAAGACAGUCUGUACAGUUCUGACAUUUUUAGCUCUUUUUGUGUUGUUCUUCCAGGCAAGAAGUUUAUGGUGGCCACCCAGGCAAGCAGAGAUAAAAAUGCGAAUACAAUGGCACUAGAGUACGUGCUAUUUUUUAUGCGCUGCAAAAGGGCAUUUUGUAGCACUUUGAGUAGGCUGGUUGAUGACUUGCGAGCUUCUUGACGCAU